AUGAGCCAACUUCAUCGAGCAUCAAAUGCUUGUGACUUUUGUCGGUCACGAAAAAUAAAGUGCGAUGAGAAGGCCCCCUCGUGCUCUCAUUGCGAAAAGCGUGGAUACAAGUGCAUCUACAAAGAAGUCCUGCCUACCAAGCUGGAACGGACAUUGACUGAGUUAUUUCAUAAGGUCGAAAAGCUCGAUUCAAAGAUCGAUGCUGCAAUAUCGCAGGGUAAACGCUUUCGCCAUAACCAGUCUGACGUCGAGGAGGAAAGGACAGCGGCAAUUAUACCGCCCGGGAAAGAAAGUAAUGAACUUGGAAAAGAACGUCUUGAGAAUUCUAUUUUCAAAGAACACCAGAUUUUGUCACUUCUGGAAGACUUGGAAACCCAUAGGGAAAAGAGCGACUCAAUCAUUGGUGAGAACAAAAAUGGCAUCAAUGAAGUGGAAAACGUGCUUAGUCCGAGUGUGUCAGAAAGUCUCCUCACCGAUUCAUCUCAUGAAUCUUACUUAAUACCAACUACUGACUUCGAUCAAGCGAACGUGUUGAUUGAUAACUGGCUAAAAGCCGAAGGGUUAUCCGACAACACCGAUGCAGCACUAGGAUCCAAAUCUUGCUGCGUUGGUAUAUUCAAAACGACUCCAUCAAUGAGUGAAAAAUCGCUGGAACUGAUGACUGAGGACGAAUUUUCGCUGGCCGACAGAUUUGACCCUUCAAAGCUCCCAACUGUAAUGCAUUUCCCCAAAAAGACAGUUGAUAACAACAUUCAAUCUUAUCUGGACCAUAUAUAUCCCAGAUAUCCUGCACUUUGUGACGAUUUCAUCUCAAGGAUUCACUCCCAAGUCACCAGUGAAGGCUUGACGACAAGUUUUCCUAGUUGUAUUUUUCUGUUAAUCUUGGCUGUAGGCUCGGCAGUCAACCCGAAUGCAGCAAAUGAGAGAGUAGGAACGUUAGGAGAACAGAAAAUUAACAAGUUCCAUGAGUUUUGGUAUUCCUCCGAGUACCAAGAUAAGCAAGUUGCCAAAAUCGAAAACAUUCCCCCUGGAUGGGAAUACUUUUGGAUGGUGCUGGGUAUAAGGGAGAAACUAAUAUCAGUGAGCAAGCCAAGUGUUAACGUGGUCGCGGUGCGACUACUAUCUUCCAUCUAUUAUCUUAAGAUUUGCAAUAUUUCGAAUCAUUGGAAGGAAUUAAGACUUGCAUCUGACGCCUUAUUUGAUGUGCUUACCUACUACAUUCAGGUCGAACCAGAAAUGCUUAAGUCUAACAAUGCCCUUUCCGAGGCAUUGCUUCGAUAUUUCUGGAUUAUAUUACAUCUGGAACGAGAAAUUGCAGGAGUGUUCAAUUUGAAAAUCUCUCGAUUGGCAGAGUUGCAGGAAAAAGUGAACACUCCCAAAGGCUGCAGACAGAACCUGUUUCGAGACAAGGAUUCCAUUUAUGCUUUCUGCUUUAUGUCCAUUGUGAGCUUAACGAAUAUUAGGGGAAGGGCAACCGCUAUUAUCCCAAGUGUCAAUUCCAGCUCAUUCGAUGAGGUACUUGAGCAAAUAGAGAAUUACAGUGAUUCAUUGCAGAUUUGGAGAUGUUCAUUGCCUCUUGAGCUCCAGUGGAACGACUAUCAUCCUAGGAGUGCAAUUAAGUCCAACUCUGAAUGCAAUUUGGAACUUCUGCUUGUCAGGUUGAACUAUCACCUUUCGGUCAUAUCGGUGGCAAGGCUACUGUUAAUGAAAAUCAAGUACUUUCACCAGGCCAAUCUUUGCUUCUCAAGUUUGAAAAUUGCAGGGAUAUUGGAGAAUUGCAUGACAUCAAUGUCGCAUUACGUCAAUGAUUUCCUUCAACUCUCUAUCUCAGAUCUAACUCCACUUAUAUGUCACGAGGCUAUGCAGGUGUUAAUGCUGAUUGAGAAAUUCAGGUAUAUUGCUAGCUACCGCGAAGAAUCUACCAGAAACCCCAGAACUGAGCUGGAGAAACAUCGCAAAGAUCGGUUUUCUUUCUUAAAUAUGGAGAGAUCCACAUUUGUUGACUGCUUGUUGAAGAUCCAGCCUUUUACACUGCAUUCGCCUUUUGUCCUGAGAGAAUACGAGUUAUGUAAGGAAAAGUUGCUGGGAUAA